CCCCCGCCGCCAGCAGCGCGCUGGGGAGCGCGGGGGGUGCCCGCUGCGCCGGACCUAGAGCCUCCGCCGUAGGGCUGUAGGCAGCAAAGAUGGUUUCUUCCCCAACCCGGUACCUAGUGUUCUUUCAGUACUUUGGCACUAAAUAUAGCGGGGUUAUGGAGACUUCGAAUGAUCAGUCAAUGGUUGGAGUCCAGAAUUAUUUGGAGAAGGCAGCGCAGAACCUAAAACCCGUUGUUCCUAUCAAGUUCUGCAUCUCCAGCCGAACAGAUACUGGCGUCCAUGCACUCUGCAACUCUGCUCACCUUGACAUCCAGAGGGCACCAGGGAAGCCAGCGUUUAGUGAGAAACAGCUUGUCUACAGUCUUAAUUACCACCUGAAGCCUGAGCCAAUCCGCAUUUUGAAUGCCUAUCGAGUGACCAAUAGCUUCCAUGCACGCUUCUCUGCACUGUCAAGAACCUACAUUUAUCGGCUGUUGAUGGGCUGUACUCAUUAUUCUGAAAUACCGGUGUUCGAAAGGGAUCUCUGCUGGGCUCCCACGGGAGGCUACCUGAACGUGCCUGCCAUGCAGGAUGCAGCACAGUUCCUGCUGGGAACCCAUGACUUCAGCACCUUUCGCUCACUUAACUCCGAAACCCCUUUUCAGUCUCCAGUCAGAACCAUCCUCCAGGCAGACAUCCGACCCUCUUCUGGCUUCCUGUCCCAGCAUUAUGAACACAGGUGCUGGCUUCUGCUGCCAAAUGGAAAAAGACAGCUGGAUUUUUUGCUGGGGACUGGAGUUUUGGGAGUUGAAGUUCAGAAGCAGAUCAUUUGUUUACCGACAGGUCCGAAGAAUGGUUGGGGCUCUAGUUGCAGUUGGCCAGGGAAAGUUAACACCUCAUCAUAUAAAGGAGUUACUGGAGAUAAAAGAUUCACGGGCUUUUCCAUCAAAUGCCAUGGCUCCGCCAUCUGGACUCUUUCUAAAAUCAGUGGAAUAUAAUGAAGCAGAUUUGGACACUACAAUUGCCCCAGGAGAAUAGCAGCUCUAUGAGAUACAGCCACGUCUGAAAGGACUGUUGUUGUGGAUGUGUGAUGGAGGUUUGCCAAGCGCUCUCUACACAAUACACGGUCUUGUCUCAAUAAAAAUCAUAGACUGUGAC